GCUAGCGUCCGUUCGCGUGGUCUCGCCCACACAGACACCGGUAAAAAGACGUGUUAAGCGCCCGAUAGAAAAUAAUAACGAGCGUCGCUUUAGCGUAACUUAUCUCUGAUUAUAGUGGAGACCUACUCGAAGGUCGUCAAUUUGCGUAAGGUAAUCUCACUCAGCAUUGCAUACCGACCCGUUUCCAAAGUGCCGUGAGGACCAGCCUUAUUGACAGACCUUAGACGAGCUGUCUCAGCAUGCAAGGCUCCGGUUACUACGACCCAAACGGCCAGCCGCCGCCGACACAGCCGUCGUCAUCGUCAACGUCCUCGUACAUGGCCCAACAGCAUAAUCAAAUGAUGCAUGGCGGAAACAGCAACGCGUAUGCUGCUGACAUCAAUCAGCAACACAGAGCACAAUCACCGAGCGCUAUGGGAAUGAACGCAUUUGCUGCGGGUCCUGAUACCGCUCAUCGGCCCGGCUAUGUUCAGGACCGGCAGCACGCACCAUCGCAUCAGCAGCAGCAACACACCUCCGGUACAAUGUAUAACGCGGCUGCUGCCGGUAUGAUGCGCGGCCAAAGUUUAGAAGCACAGCAAAUGGCCGGAAUGGAUCGAGAUGUUCAACAGCAGCAGCAGAAUCAACAACAACAACAACAACAACAGCAGCAGCAGCAGCAGCACAUGUCAUCCAUGCACGGCAGCAAUGAAUGGUCUGGCGGAACAAAAGCCGCUCAUCCACAACCUGUAAUGCCGACGAACAUGGCUGCCGCUCAUCGCUCCCCUGGCUUCAAGGCACCUUCGCCGUCUCCUGCGGCUGCGAAUCAUGAUCGUUUCAUGGCCAACCUCAUCGCGUUUAUGGCUAACCGGGGGACGCCCAUCAAGUCGUAUCCAUCCAUUCACAAUGUCCCCGUUAACCUGAUGAUGUUUUAUGCCCUUGUGAUGAGAUCAGGUGGUUCACGGCGUGUCAAUUUCAUGAACCUGUGGGGUGAGAUCGCAAAUGCGUUGGGCUUUUCUACACCAGACGCGCCGCCGCAGUUGAUCAACAUUUGGCUCGAGUACCUCUCGGCCUACGAAGAUGCUUGGCUUCAAGCACAGCAAAAGGCUCGACAGCAGCAGCAUGCUCGCAUGGAAGCCGAGGGAAAACAGCAGCAGCAGCAGCAGCAACAACAACAACAGCAGCAGCAACAGCGACAACGGGUAGCUGCUAUGACACAAGCUGCAGCCGUAGCCAACAAGUCACCGUUUCCGCUGCCACAAGGUGGUGGUAGAUCCGUUCCUCCUCAAAAUGCCGCUGUUGCUGCUCAAGCUCAGGCAGCUGCCACGGCAGCAGCCUCAGCAGCUUCCGCCGCUGCUGUUACUCCCGAUAUGGGUGCCAACAUGCCCGUUCCUGGUGUUCUCUCGCGAGGACGGACACCUUUGGAUCGGGCACAUUCAGUAGAGUCUGCAACAAGUUCUACCCCGGCACCACCCGCUAGCGUUCCCAUUAGCGCUCGGACAUCGGUUGAUCAGACUGGUACUCCUGGUCCUGAAAAUGUCGCAGCAACUGCUGCUGCUGCUGCUGCUGCUAAGAGCUCAGGCACUUUGGCCCCUUCGGUGUACGAGCCCCUUCGGGCUGCUCUAAAUUCUUAUGGCGGACUGUCCAUAAAAACGUUGUCGCUUCCCGGCAUAGAUGAAGCUACUUUUCGGUGGCAGAUGCCGUCAGUUGUUGACAUGGGCGAGAUUAAUGUGUUUGCACUUACCAUGAGUUUGUUGUCCUCGCUACCAGCUGAGAUGGCUUAUGCGUUGAAUGUGUUGCUCGUCCUCACGAAUGACCGACGAUGGAUGUUUCCUUUGGCCGAAUGUCAAGAAACGUUGGAAGCGUUGGUGUAUGUUGCGCGCGAAGAACUGGACUUUCUGAUCGAUACAGUGCACGGCGGGUCUGUGCCUAAAGUUGUUGAAGAACGGCCGUCUUACAGGAAAAUGUUGCGAGACUGCAUUGAAGAAACCAUAAUGGUUACCGAUACCGCCCGACAUUUUCCAUGUCCAGAGGAUUGUGAGAAGCACGCCGCCCCUGGUGCCGCCGUUGCUGACGAUCCUCCGGGCAAGUCAGAGCAGGUCCGACUGUCGAGGCAACGGCUGCUUGCAGUUAGUAUCAUUCUUCGAAACCUUUCGUUCUUUGAACCAAACCAAAACGUACUAACGGCCAACGAGCAUUUCGUCGAGUUCGUGCUCGACUUUGUACAUCUCCUCAACACAGGUAUCCCAUGCAUGUCUGACAAGCGUGAAAUGCUCGAGCUUCACAAAGAUAUGCUCGUUCUGCUGUCUCAUGUGGCACAAAACAUCCUUCUCCGAAACGACUCGGAUGCCCAAGACGUCUUGCUGUUCGUCCUGGCAUUCUCUCCCGAAACACCCCCAACCAUCUCGGUGCAGUUAUCAGACGCACACAAAGAUGGCUUUGAUGAAACCGACAUGCACCUUAACAUUCCCCUGUACUCUCCUGCCACUCACCCUUACACUGCGCCCGCUAUUAAUGUCCUCUCAAAAUUGUCAGCUCGCGAAACGACAAACGGGGCACGACUGCAAAACGUGUACAGCACAUACAGUCAUCUACUCGACAUGACGUUUAUCCUGUUCGCAUCCGUUGUUCCCCGCUUCAACCGCUUUACUGUGAAGCUGUGUGAAAAGCGACUGGCACUGCUGGAACACACCUUCCUGGCGAUGGAAGCUCUCACACGUUUCGUUACCCAACCUGCACAAGCACGGCGUUUGUGUUUAGCUGGCGAAGGAUUUGCGGCUUCACUCGUCCGUGUGCUUUCCUUUCUCACCAACUUCACAAAUCCCGCGGCCGUUAACGCGAGCAAACAGGCAGCAAGGCGGGCGUCAUCUCACGAACCGCGAAUGGACACUCCUGAGGCGAAUCCUUUUAAUCGGCUAACAGCAGCAGGCAUCCGUGUGCUUCGUCAUUUGGUUCAAUUGGCCAAAUGCACCGAGGGUGAUUUUCUUUCCAUCGCUCGGAAGGAGUCGCUCAUGUCCAUGUUACUCACACCCACCGCUGAAUCUUCCUUUCUCAGCGGACUUUCACAAAUCCUCGAGAGCGACGAAAGCCAACCGCCUCUCUCCUCCGAAGAAUCCCCUUCUCCCGCCCCCGCAUCUUAGAACUACCAACCCCACGUUGUGCAAUGAAACAUGUUGUCCCCAUAG